CUCCCCUCGAAGCAGGGAACGAUGGGAAGAUCUCCCUGCUGCGACGAGGUUGGCCUCAAGAAGGGCCCCUGGACUGCUGAAGAAGACCAGAAGCUCGUGCAAUGCAUCCAAAAGCAUGGUCAUGGCAGCUGGAGAGCCCUGCCAAAACUUGCUGGACUCAACAGAUGUGGCAAGAGCUGCAGGCUUAGAUGGACAAACUACCUGAGGCCAGACAUCAAGAGAGGGAAGUUCUCCUCUGAGGAAGAACAAACCAUUCUCCAUCUUCACUCCAUCCUCGGCAACAAGUGGUCGGCAAUCGCAGCACACCUCCCAGGCCGUACCGACAACGAGAUAAAGAACUUUUGGAACACCCAUCUAAAGAAGAAGUUGAUCCGUGCCGGCAUCGACCCGGUGACCCAUCGCCCAAGGACCGACCUUUUCGCCACCCUGCCCCAACUUAUGGCCCUCGCUAGCCUCGGAGUUCCUCCCAUGGACUACCGCUCGUUGGAUGACCAGUUACGCGCAGAAGCAGUUCAGUUGGCCAACCUCCAGCGCUACCUCCUUCAGUCCUCGGCUGCAAUUAAUACUAGUACUGGUGACAACGAUCUUGGCGGCAUCACUAGUGAAAUGGAUCCCACAAACUUACCGAACCUGCAACCUCUUACUACGAUGAUAUUGUCUACAGAUCUUUCUCGUAGCCCUUUUGCAGUGGUUGAUGCUCGAACUCAACUUCACCACUUGUCUGAGAUUUCAUGCAGUUUGGAGCAGUCUCCGGGCAAUGAUGCCACAUCUAUUUAUUUUAGCCAGGGAGAGAGCAAAGGCCUUGCAGCACCGAUGGUGUCUCCUCCUCCUUCAGCUCUUCCUCCUCUAGCUGAUGCCUCGAUGGGCAGCGGAGAUGCUUGUAGCUCUUCGAUCUAUGGCGGGAGUGUCGCUGCUAAUUCAUUCUGGCCUGAGGUCUUAUUCGAUGAGCCUCUUUUGGCCGAGUUUGCUUGAGUUUUUUUUUUUCUUCUUUUCUUUAUUUUCGGACAGUUUAAUUAAGAGAGAGGUGCACGUCGCUUUCUGGUGUUGUACAGUGUUCUUGCUGACAAUAAAGAAAUGAAUCUCUUUGCACAUUUAUGUACACACAAAAAAAAAAAAAAAAUGCCACCGUAUGGAUACUUGUUUCUCUGAUUCUCUUGGCUUCCUAUAGUUAUUGGUUGAUAUCUUCUGGGGUUGCCAAGUCCAUUCGAGAUCCCUUCUUAAUUUCUUGUGUCUUGCACCAACAAC